AUGCCCCGUGCUGGGCUCUGCAGCUGCUGGGGUGGCCAGGUAUUGCCCCUGCUUCUGGCCUAUAUCUGCUACCUGCUGCUUGGGGCCACCAUCUUCCAGCUGCUGGAGAAGCAGGCAGAAGCUCAAUCCAGGGACCAGUUCCAGCUGGAAAAGCUGCGCUUCCUAGAGAACUACACCUGCCUGGACCAGCAGGCCCUGGAGCAGUUUGUGCAGGUCAUCCUGGAAGCCUGGGUGAAAGGUGUGAACCCCAAAGGCAACUCCACCAACCCCAGCAACUGGGACUUUGGGAGCAGCUUCUUCUUUGCGGGCACAGUGGUCACCACCAUAGGCUACGGAAACCUGGCACCCAGUACGGAGGCAGGGCAGGUCUUUUGUGUCUUCUAUGCCCUGAUGGGCAUCCCACUCAACGUGGUCUUCCUCAACCACCUUGGCACAGGGCUGCGUGCCCACCUGACCACAUUGGACAGGUGGGAGGACCAUCCCAGGCAUUCCCAGCUUCUGCAGGUGCUGGGCCUGGCUCUGUUCCUGACUUUGGGGACCCUGGUCAUUCUCAUCUUCCCGCCCAUGUUCUUCAGCCACGUGGAAGGCUGGAGCUUCCGUGAGGGCUUCUACUUUGCUUUCAUCACCCUCAGCACCAUUGGCUUCGGGGACUAUGUUGUCGGCACAGACCCCAGCAAGCAUUACAUCGCUGUGUACCGGAGCCUGGCAGCUAUAUGGAUCCUUCUAGGGCUGGCGUGGCUGGCGGUGGUCCUCAGCCUGGGAUCCCUGCUUCUGCAUAGGUGCUCCCGGCUCUGGCUACUCAUCAGAGGCCUGGACCUCAAGGAUGGAGCGGCCCCUGACUCUGACCCUAGACCACAGAAAAUCCCUAUCUCUGCAUGAGACCCAAGGGUCCUGCGCUCCCCCCAACCCCCUGACAUUCCCUGUCCUUCCUCUUCCUUGUCAACCUACAUAUGACCCAGAGAAUGUGGUCAGCAACUCUUCAGAGAGAGAAAGGGGACAGGUAUGCUAUAAAGUAACUGAUGGGAGACAGAAAACAAGACGUGUGGAUGGAGGUGUGCAGGCUGGCCUCACAGCUCUUUCCCCCAAUCUCCCAAAGAUGACCCAGGAAAAUCAAACCCUGUUGAAUCUUGGUGGCCAAGUCGCCACCACCACCUUCACAU